CCCUCUAGCCCAGCGCACGCAGGUGCGGUCGUUACAUCUCAAGGAAGCUUCCUUGCACGUGCAGCGAUGUCGAGCCCGCCGCCGCCGCUGCACGCCUGUUGGGUGACGCGCGCCGAUGCCGCUGCAGAAGAGGGGGAGUAGCCGGGACCAAGUCGAGCGAUGGCGUUUGCCAUGCUGCGUCCGGUGGCCGAGGAGCGCUUCUAUUCCGAUCUGAGCGUCGCGUCAGAGGACGACGACCGCUGCAGCGAGAGCGACGACAGCUCCUCCGAGCGGCUCUACGGCGACAAACGAGCGAGGACUGCGCGCAAAGCCGGCGGCGCGAUGGUCGUGAAGCAGCAGCAGCAGCAGCAGCAGCGCAGCGCGGCCAACGCCAGGGAGCGCGGCCGGACCCAGAGCGUCAACAGCGCUUUCACGGCCCUCAGGACCCUCAUCCCCACCGAACCGGUGGACAGGAAGCUCUCCAAGAUCGAGACGCUACGCCUGGCCUCCAGCUACAUUUCCCACUUGGCCAAUGUGCUUCUCGUCGGGGGGGACAGCUGCGCCGAUGGAGGAGGGCAGCCGUGCUUCGACGCUCUCCACGCACAGGCUGGAGACAAGGCAAGCAAGCAGCCCAGGACCAUCUGCACUUUCUGCUUGAGCAACCAGAGGAAAGGGGAGGGCGGCUAGUCUUUAAAGAUGUGCAGACUGGGCCCACUGCAACUCAGACGCUGAGUGAAAGAAGUGGCGGCACGGAAGGAUUGGCCACCUGAAAACCCUCAAGAGACUUUCUCAGGGAAGAGUUAGAGCUGCACACGCACGGUCGCACGCACGCACGCACGCACGCACGCACGCACGUACAUCCCCACACCAGAGUAUUUAUGCUUGAGUGACAAAUGUAUAAAGAAGCCCCUGAGGAUGCAGGACAUUUGUCUGAGACUUGUGAAUAUUUGUCCUUCUUUAUUUGCAAACAAAUUGCCAUAAAGUUGAUUUGAUGACAAAA